GGAAGUGCUACGGCCGCCGUGGAGCCACGUGUGGAGCCGGGAGCCGGUUUAUGCUGCGUGAGUUUCCGAGCUGGGAGCGGCGCUCCGGGCUUGCUGGCAGGUCCCGUGCUGUUCGGCGGGAGGCCAGCCUUCCCUGCCGUCGGGAGCCCUCCGUGGAGACUCUGGGCAAGGGGCUACGGGGAUUCCGGGCUCGGAGGUGGCUUCUCUCCCCUGCUGUGCACGCUAUCAGAGGCUGCCGCCUUCACACUAGGGGAUUCUGGUUCUUCAUGUGUGGGAAUCCUUGGGCUCCUGUCGCUGUGCACUCUCUUGUGUACUCCGAGAAUAGAGACCUCCAGAAGGGCUCCAUAUGUUAGGCUAGAGUGCAGCUCUGUUGGGUUGGCUAAGCAAGUCCGCUAACCCUGCUCAGAACCCAGGCCCCACAGACCUCUCUGUCCAGACCACAGAUCUUCAUCCUGCCUCCUGGUCCUCUGACCUCACGUCCACACACCACUUCUCCAGGUCCCUGACCCUUGGCAAACGUUAACACCAUGAGUUUCGUGGCAUACGAGGAGCUGAUCAAGGAAGGCGACACAGCCAUCCUGUCACUGGGGCACGGCUCGAUGGUAGCAGUGCGUGUGCAGCGUGGGGCACAGACCCAGACCCGGCAUGGCGUCCUGAGGCACUCGGUGGACCUCAUUGGCCGCCCAUUUGGCUCCAAGGUGAUUUGCAGCAGAGGCGGCUGGGUGUAUGUGCUGCACCCCACUCCUGAGCUCUGGACAGUGAACCUGCCCCACCGCACGCAGAUCCUCUACUCCACCGACAUUGCCUUGAUCACCAUGAUGCUGGAGCUGCGUCCCGGUUCUGUGGUCUGUGAAUCAGGCACGGGCAGUGGUUCUGUAUCCCACGCAAUCAUCCGCAGCGUUGCCCCCACUGGCCACCUACACACAGUAGAGUUCCACCAGCAACGGGCGGACAAGGCCCGGGAGGAAUUCCAGGAGCAUCGGCUGAGCCAGUGGGUGACUGUGCACACCCAGGAUGUGUGCUGCAGUGGCUUCGGUGUGGUCCACGUGGCUGACGCUGUCUUCUUGGAUAUCCCAUCACCCUGGGAAGCUGUGGGCCAUGCCUGGGAUGCCCUCAAGGUUGAAGGUGGGCGUUUCUGCUCCUUCUCUCCGUGCAUUGAGCAGGUGCAGCGGACAUGCCAGGCGCUGGCAGCCCAUGGCUUCACAGAGCUUAGCACCCUGGAGGUACUGCCACAGGUCUACAAUGUGCGCACUGUCAGUCUGCCCUUGCCCGACCUGGGGGCCAACAACUUAGAGACCAACAUGGGCUCUGAUGCCAGCCCCUUCCGUAGUGGCACACCCAUGAAGGAGACUGUGGGCCACACUGGCUACCUGACUUUUGCCACUAAAACCCCAGGCUAGCAGGCCUCCAAAUGAACAGCACAGGCAAGCAGGCAGGGAGGCCAGAGGCUGCCUUAUAUGGUCAGCCACUGCCCUCGUGGCUUGUGUUUAGAAAGAGAUGGGGGCGGGGUGGGGCAGGGGCCUCCUGGGUGGCUGAGGGGGGUGAGUAGGCUGGCCCUGCUCAGCUGGGAGGCAUUCCUGUCUUCUGAGAGGGAAGUCUCCACUUCAUCACUGCUCAGCGCAAGCUCUGUCCUGGCUCUUUGUUGUCAACAUGAGUCUUUCCUCUCCAUAGUCCUUCCUGGGUUUUGAGACUAAAUGGUAAAAGUUGAGGGCGUCGGAAGCUUUGGGCACUGCCUAUAGCCUGGGCUGACCUACGGGAGCGUGGGUUGUCCCAUCCCUGGCGCAAGUCUCCAGGCCCUGGUGCUCCAGAGCUUAGCCAGAAGCUGUGGUUGAGCUAAAUUAACCAGAAAGCCCAGCCCUGCCCUCCUCUCCCUAUACUUCCCUAAGGCUGAUGGAGGGACCAGGCUGGCCCAGGAACAAAGGAGGUGAUGAUAAUCAAUAAUCAUGUGCUGCACAGGCCACGUGUGUGUCAGCACGACCGUGUGUGUGUGUGUGUGUGUGUGUGUGUGUGUGUGUGUGUGUGUGUGUGUGUGUGUGUGUGUGUGUGUGUGGAGUUCCUGGUGUGCUGGUGUGCUGUCAUCUGGGGUUAGGCAUCAUCCUGAGGGAUAGAACACAGCAGGAUUGGUCCCUGCUUCCGUGACCUUCCAGUCCUUGUUGGAGCUGGGGUCAAAGCGGAUCAUAGAGGAGCCUGUGCAUGGGCUAAGAGCCUGGCUGUGGACUUGCCACAUGUGUCACCUUGGCCUGGUGUCCAUUCUCGGUAUGUGGCUAGCUUCAAGGGAGUUUCAGUGCUCGGUGCUCAGAUCAUCUUGGUGUGAGGCUGCCAGUCAGCUGCUGCUGCUGCGUGGAAGCAGCCAUCGCGAGACUCACCAGUGUCCUACUGUCAUAUGUCAUACCCGAGGGCACCCAAAGGAUAAUAAAUAUUUUCCCCACUGUG